GUCACCGCGCUACAGCCAAACGCCGAGAGUCAAAGCAUUUAUUUCUCUGAUCGCACGUGUUGUGUUGCUAGCUCAACGCAAACGUACGUUUCAGAUUAUUAUUAGUUAAUAGUGGUGGAAUUUAUUUUGUAAACCCAGUGAUUUUGGCUAAUUUGCGGUAAUUCAUUGUAGAGCCUAGGGAAAACAUUAAUAUACAGCCAUGAAGCCAGGAUUUUCCCCUAGAGGUGGCGGUGGACGCGGGGGUCGUGGAGGCGGUGGCGGACGCGGAGGUGGUGGUGGUCGCGGUGGCGGUGGUGGUGGUGGUGGUAGAGGAGGAUUUGGUGGUCGUGGCGGCGGAGGUGGUGGUGGCCGCGGUGGUUUUGGUGGUCGUGGGGGUGGCCGAGGAGCUGGUGGCGGACGUGGCCGCGGUGGUCCUGGUGGUCGUGGAGGUGGAGCAAAGGGAGGUGGUUUCAAAGGAGGCAAAACUGUUGUUAUCGAACCUCAUCGUCAUGAGGGAGUGUUUAUUGCCCGUGGCAAGGAAGACGCACUAGUAACCCUAAAUCUGGUGCCUGGAUCGGAAGUUUACGGAGAGAAGCGAAUUUCAGUAGAGACCAACGGGGAAAAGAAUGAAUACAGAGUGUGGAAUCCUUUCCGAUCGAAGUUGGCCGCUGCGGUAUUAGGAGGAGUAGAUAAAAUUCACAUGCCACCAGGCUCGAAAGUGCUCUAUUUAGGCGCAGCUUCUGGAACAACAGUUUCGCACGUGUCAGACAUCGUAGGACCGGAAGGACUCGUAUACGCAGUCGAGUUCUCACAUCGUUCCGGCCGUGAUCUGUUAAACGUUGCUAAGAAGCGAACCAAUAUCAUCCCCAUCAUUGAAGAUGCUCGCCAUCCACAUAAAUAUAGAAUGCUGGUCGGCCUUGUGGAUACCGUCUUCGCCGACGUUGCACAGCCUGAUCAGGCCCGUAUCGUGGCCCUGAAUGCUCAUCAGUUCCUACGGAAUGGUGGUCAUUUUGUGAUUUCCAUUAAAGCAUCCUGUAUCGACUCGACAGCCGUUCCGGAAGCAGUAUUUGCAGCGGAAGUAAAGAAAUUACAGGCAGAGAAAUUGAAACCCCAGGAACAAAUCACCCUUGAACCCUAUGAGCGAGAUCAUGCAGUUGUCGUAGGCGUGUAUAGACCUCCACCAAAAAAUGCAGCGUAAUUCGUUGCAAACAUUUUAGUGGUUAAAUAUACUUUUUAAUGCUAGCUAGCUUCCUCAUACGGUCUGCAAUGAGCGAUCGUAUUCAGGAUUCCAAAAGCAAAAUUACGCGUAAAGAUAGGUUGCAGAGACAGUGUUUAUUCUUACAACUUUAUGUGACAUACAACAAAACAGAAUGAAUAAUAUACAACAAAAUUAACUAUUAAA